AAUGUACAGAGAAGCUAGUUGAUAUAAAUUGACACCUCUUUUUAUGUUUGGUCUAGUGGUGAUGGACUGUAUCGUGAUUUCGUGUUUCCAUUUCGAUCUGUAAGUAGUUGAUGAUGACUAGAAAUAAUGACAGAUAUCGUGAUAAUCGACGGUCAAAAUGGGGAGAAAGAAAGUGGUAUAGGAGGAGAGACUGAAGACAAUUCAGAUGAAGAUGAAGACAAAGGGAAAUUAUCGCCACCGGAAAAGACAAAAUGGGUGAUAAUUUGGUUUACUUUUGCAAUCGUGUUGGCAUAUAUGUUUGUUGGAGCAGUCAUUUUUACCACAUUCGAGCGUAAGACUGCAUUGGAGGCGUAUGAAGACUUUCACGAAGCACUCAGACGACUUUCGUCAGAAAAUGAUUGCAUUGAGGAGGACGAUGUUGCUGAGAUGAUGAGGAUCGUGACCACGGCCAUAGGAGAAGGGGGAUACUCGAGUGGUCAUCCUUAUUCUUCCCAACUCAGCACAGGAACGGUCGACGAAACUUAUUUUGACCAUCCAUGGAGCGUAAAACACACUUACUUCUUUGCAUUAACAGUGGUGACUACAGUUGGAUUUGGUUAUUGUUCUCCACGUACGGGACUGGCUCAGAUCUUCUGCAUGCCUUACGCUGUCGUAGGCAUCUUACUUACAUGGAGUUUAAUUGGCUCAGUGGGUCAAAUCCUCCAGAGGCUCUGCCUCAACAGAAUCAGUAUGAGUCUACAGAUCUGUCUAAAGCGCUGUCCAAAAAUUGGGAUUGUUUCUGCUGAUAUGACUUUGGUAUAUCAUAUCGUCAUACUGAUGCUCAUCCCGCCCAGUUUAGCAUACUACUUCACGCAGCAGAACUGGACAUUCACAAGCAGUUUUUACUAUAUAGUUGAGACUGUGACCACCAUAGGGUUCGGAGAUAUUCGACCAGACUUCUCAGGAAUUUCUGGUUUUCAGCUGGAUUUGUUAAGAAUCUUUAUCUUCACUUAUCUCUACAUGUGCCUUGGCGCCGUGUCUUCAUUUGUCAACAGUUUCAGAGAGUUCCAAGAAGAGCUCUUCACUUUGAUCUCCACUCGUCUUUCCCGAUACAUUAAAAAUAUCACUAAACGGCGACAACAGAUGCAGAAUGCAGAAUUUGACGUUCGUGGGAAUCCUCAUGGUGAUUUCUGCUGAAUAGAACACAGUGUCACACAGUGUGAUCACAGUGUGUUCACAGUGUGGACUAUGUGAAAAUUUAAUUCACACUGUUAAAAUGCUCAAAUUCAACAGUGUGAACAUAAUUAUUUUCAAUGUGGAGACCUCGACGGUAUGACUGUUCACAGCGUGUUGACAUAAUUAUGGCCGACUAUCAUGCCUAUGUGGAUAUCCCGGGUGGAUAUGUUAUUCACACUGUUGAAAUGCUCAGAUUUUACAAUGUGAAGACGAUUUCACACUGUAGGAUUGUGUAGGAUGAGAUUCUGCAAGUCUGUUUCAAAUAGUUUUCACAGACACAAGUAUAUUAUUAUCCCUUAUCGGUCACAAAAUACGUGUCGGACUGGACGUACUCGGGGAUACAAUUAUUAUGAUAGCAUAGCUACAUUAUUGUGUCAGGGGCGUAUUCAUAAUUUUCCAGUUUGGGAACUGAUUUUGAUUUGACAUUGGAAAAGUAGUAAAACGUUACGUUAAUCACACACUGCGAUUGUCACUUGAUUGUCUUCCAACAUGUCCAGUGGUCCAACAUCUCGGUGGUACCAUAUCAACAUGCCUUCUUAUUCCAUUUCUUUUUAAUAUACAUAGUAUACUUUGUGUACGUGCACCCCCCCCCCCUCUGUCCGCGUUUCUCUCUCUAUGACUUUCUUGUACACCCUUCGCUAUGUAUACCCCUCUCUCUUUCUCUAUUUUUUUUUAUAAUCUAUUCUUGGGCUUUCCAUCGUUAAUCUGUAGUAUAAACAUACAUGUAAGUUUAGAAUGACUGCAAUUAUUGUCUUGUUGAAAUAUUUGAUUAUAUUAAUGAUACUCAUGUUGAAUGUUUUUAAUGAGAAUUAAAAAUAAAUAAAUAAAAUUUGUAUAGCGCACGUAUCCACCUUGUUAGAUGCUCAAGGCGCUCCUAUAUUCAUGAUAUUACCCCGGCUUUCCGGUGCUCGCACAGCUUUUUGAGGAAUAACUUCCUAUACCGGACCCCAAUUACCUCACGUGGUUUGAGUGCAUCACAAUGUGGAAAUCUCUGUUUGUAUCUUAUAAAGAAUAUUUAUGUGCCUAGUAUGUAUUUUGUUUAUCAUGAUAAACUAUUAUAUAUUUUACGUCUAUGUUUUCAUUCCAAUCUCCCCAGCCUCCUUCUCUUUUACUCAAUUUUCUCAUUCUAUUUUCCAGUACCACUCCUCCUCUCUCUCACAUCUCUCUCCACCUUCUCCCUCUCUUUCUCUCCUCUUCUCCCAAUCACUUUCUUUCUCUCCCUCUCCCCGGCAGUGCUAUCUCCCUUUCUUUUUUAUAUUACCUUCCAUGUCAUGAGAUAUAUCUUGCAAGUAGACUAAGUUUUGAUAUAAUCCUGUAAUUACAAUUUUUGUUUUAUUUACUCUGUAAUCAUAAUUAUUGUUAUUCAUGAAUUCAGCUCAUUUUGAAAUGUUCAAAACCAGCCGAAUACCCUCCAGAAUACUCCCGAAUGUGACCACAACAAAUUUCAUUCGGGCCACAUUUGGGAUGUAUUCCGAUGGAAUUCGGUUGGAUUUUGGGAGGCAUUUUGGGUAUUCUGGGAAGAUUAAAGGUAUUGUUUAACUUUGUGAGCAGCCGAUUAAAAAAAUAUCUGACAAUCCCAUAGAGAUAUAUCUCUGUGGACAGUCCAUAUCUGACCAGAAAAGGGUCCCUCGAUUUUAAAAAUAAAUCGGCAUUCAUGAAGACAUCUCCUGAGGGAUUAAAUCCAUCGCCUGAAACAGUAAAAUCGCCAUAAUCCUUCCGCCAGUCACCAAAUAUAGUUCCAUAGUUGGAGAUAUUUCUUCCCAAUUUUGGAAAGGAAGUUCAGUAGUUACCCUCCAAAGAAUCAGUGAUAGAGGGACAAUCAUAUUCUACUUUGUCAAUCAGCUAUAUCAAAAUAUUUUUUUUUAAUAAGAAGGGUUGGCUCGAAUUAAUAUAUUUUUCUUUCCCGUUGUUAAUAGGCCCGUGUGACCUAUAGUUUACUGAAUACUCCUAAAUGCACUUGGGGAGAUGUAGUCUCGAGAAGUGGUUACAAAUCACAACUACGACUUUUAAAUUUUAGACCCUUUUAAAGUAUACCUACACACUUUAGCUCUAUAUAGAGUUAAUGUCUAGCAAACUUUAGAAUUAUUUUGACAAUGCCCCCCAUAUUACUCAUUAAUAUAAACUAUUUCCUUACAUUAUCCGAUUACAAAAAAUACAAUCGCUCUUAACGGAUAGAAACAUAUAUUUAUUUAAAUCCCCUACAUAAUUAUACACCAUACACCUUUUUUCUACAACAAACUCUAUUAUACAUAAUUAUGUAUCUACAGAGGAGAACAUCCCUACAGAUCUGGAUAUUCUUGUAGCAGCUGCCCUUGGGGCUACCGCCUGGGUGUUCUGCUAACCUUUGCAUGGGAAGUUGACGGCUGAUGAUUAUUCUGAGUUUGUAUUAUAGCUUAAAUAUCGUCCAUGAUAGAUAAGAUAGUUCUGCAUCUAUCCGGCCUUGACAUGUGUAAUAUCUGAUUCCUAUUCUUGGGAAAUUACAAAGAUGAUCAUCGUCGUCGUCGUCGUAAUAAUCAAGAUGAUGAUGAUGACAAUGACAAUGACAACAAGAAUGAUAAUCUUGAUUAAGUAAUGAAAUUAAUAAAUGAAAUUAAUUUUUUUUGUUUAAAAAGAAUCCCAAUUUCUACUGAUGCCUUUUAAUUUAUUGAGAAUGAUAAUGAUAAUUAUAAUAUUGAUGUUAAUAGUAAAAACAUGUUAUUAAAAAAAAAAUCAACAUUUCUCUUUAUUUUUUAUUGACUUGUUCCUCCAGUUUUCUUGACUUCAGCCUAAUUUAAAACAGGAUAGAAAGGGGUUUGCCGCCCUCUAUUGAUCAACUUGAAACACUCAUCAUUAAACCUGGUCAAAUCAUCAAGGGAUGAUGAAGGAGGAUUAAUAUUUUGCUCCGUUUCUUUUAUAUGGUUAGCUGAAAUUAAAAAAAAAUAAGAUGAAAUAUGAUGAAUUGAUUUAAAUAUCAUGACACCUUGUUGGAAAAAAACAUGCUGUUAGGGCCCACUUACUGUAAUAACACUUGUUGAAUAUAGCCAAUUGCAAAGAUAAACAUUACAAUAUUUUUCAGCACGAAGGUCAAUGGUAGUAAUCAUAAUCGUAAUUCAUCAGAAAGAAAAAAUAUACUUUUGUAAAAUAAGCAGAAAACGUUUGAAAAGCAACCGAUCUAGAACCGCAUUUUUAUUUCUUCUAAACAUAGAAUCGUAAUAAAUUGCACAGGUAAUUUUUAAUAAUUUUGUAUUUAUUCACUUUUUCUUUUGUUCGUUUGUUUAUCAUGUUUAUUUGUUAUUUCAUUUGCAAUGCUUUGAAUAAUUUCCCUUUAUUGUCAGCGUUAUCACUAUGGUCAUGAUGGUUUAAUUCUCUAAAUUCAAAUGAUAUUCAAGCUAAAUGCAUUGGGAGAUAUAACGGUAUGUAUUAUUCCAAAAUUUGAAUUAAAUUUCUUCAUGCAGCAAAAACUGCUAAUCG